AUGAUUCUUACUGAUCGUUCACUUUGUCAUGAAACAACACGUCGACGUGGUGUUGAAUUUGGUAAUGAUCAGUCAUCCAGUUCCGCUCGAACAACAGGUCGGCAUAUGUCUAUUGUACAGCACGGUCCUAUACAUGAUCUAUUAAAUAGUAUUGGUGCUCCUUCAACGUUCGAUGGUGAUCCACCUCGAACGUCUGUUGUUAAUUGUCUUGUACCCAAUAGUUUAGCCGUUGCUGCCAGGUGA